AUGCUAAAUCACUGUUUUAAAGACAUCUUACCCGUUGUAGCUAGAAUAAUCAACCUCUCCUUGGAAAGUGGUACAAUGCCUGACUCUUUGAAGAUUGCUGUUGUUCAACCGUUAUUAAAAAAGUACAAUCUUUCCUAUGAAGAAUUCUGCAGUUUUCGUCCAAUAUCAAAUCUGAAAUUUGUCUCGAAAUCUAUUGAGAAAGCAGUUGCUGUUCAAUUAACUGAUUAUCUUACUGAAAAUCAUCUACAUGAGAAAUUCCAGUCUGCUUAUAAACCUUGUCAUAGUACUGAAACAGCGCUAUUGAGGGUUCAAAAUGAUAUCCUUCAAGCUCUAGAUAACGGUGAUUCUGUUAUUCUUGUCCUACUGGAUCUGUCGGCGGCUUUUGACACCGUGGAUCAUUCAAUGUUAUUAACAAGACUAUCGAAACGCUUUGGCAUAAGGGGUCGUGUGUUGGAUUGGCUUACCUCAUACCUUACAUCCAGGAAACUGUUCAUUCGUGUUGAGGGAACUGAUUCGUUAUUGAGUGAUCUUGAUUGUGGUGUACCUCAGGGAUCUGUGUUGGGUCCUCUGUUGUAUUCACUCUAUACUGCCCCUCUCGCGGAUGUGGCUAGGCGCCACAAUCUGCGCUUUCACUUUUUUUCUGAUGAUGGGCAACUUUACAUUGCAUUCAAAACGAAUGAUCGUGAUGAUUUAAUAUCAUCUAAGAUCCGUAUGGAGAAAUGUAUACUUGAAUUGGGAAACUGGUUGAUGCUGAAUAAAUUGAAACUAAAUAGUGGCAAAACGGAGCUUAUAUUAGUCCAUUCACGCUAUCAUCUGAUGCCUCCCUUAAAUUAUAUCAUGGUGGGAAAGGAAAAAAUUGUGCCAACUGUUUCAGCAAGAAAUCUGGGGGUGAUUUUUGAUGAGUGGAUCAGAUUGGGCGAACAUAUUAAUGGUAUCUGCAAGUCAGCUUACUACCAUAUUAGGAAUAUUUCAAGAAUUAAGAAGUAUCUACCUCGAAAUUGCUUAGAAAUAAUUAUUCAUGCAUUUAUAACUUCAAGAUUGGAUUAUUGUAACUCCCUGUUGUAUGGUGUACCCAAAUAUUUGCUUCAGAAGCUUCAGAGAGUCCAAAAUACUGCAGCUCGUUUACUAACUGAUACUAAGAAAUCGGCGCAUAUCACCCCAGUUCUUAUCGAAUUGCAUUGGUUACCUGUCCAAUACCGUAUUCAAUUCAAGAUUAUACUUCUUGUCUACAAAGCUGUUAAUGAUCUUGCUCCAUCGUAUCUGAAGGAACUUAUGCUGUGUCGUACUUCGCAGCGUACUCUUCGAUCAAAUGGAAAUGAAUUGCUCAAGAUUCCUUAUUCUAGACUAAAGACAUACGGAGACAGAUCGUUCUGUGUUGCUGGACCAAGAUUGUGGAAUGAUUUACCUGUUCAUCUUCGGAUGUGUGAAUCAUUAACCACUUUUAAGAAGUUUCUUAAAACAUAUCUUUUUAACUUGUUUUUAAAUAGUGUAUGAUGUAUUCUAUAGUUUUAACAUUCUUAACACUAGUUUUUAAGAUUGGAUUUUGUAUUACUGUAAAGCGCCUAGAACAGUCUUGGUUUGUGCGCUAUAUAAAUGUUUUUUAUUAUUAUUAUUAUUAUUAUUUUACGUUGUGCUAAAUCUUGUUUUAACUUUAUUUUGUCAAGAUAUUGAAGAGGAAGAAUAUAGCCGUGCAUAUUCGCAAGCUCUCCAUGAAGGUGAAGCAAAAAAUAAUCGAAUUCCGAUUAUGCUGGUCGGGCAAGACCGAGGCGGAAAGACGUCGCUGAUGAGACGUCUUUUAGGAUUAUCAUUCAACAAAGAUCAACCCAGUACCACUGGUAUUGACGUUAAUGUUAUCGAGCUAACAGAACAAAAUGCGGAAGAUCCCUGGAAAAAGACAGAAGUGAAGAAGUUUAUGACCAGUGAAAGCGAGGCAAAGUCUGUAUUAUACAAAAAAACUGCCGAGUAUUUUGAUGGAGGAGUUCAGAGGAAUUUAGAAGGGGAUGCGCCAGAGCCGUUGAAGCCAGUGAUGCAGGUAAAGCCAGUGAUGCCAGUGAAGCCAGAGAUGCUAGUCAAGCCAUUAUUAAGAGAAGAAAUCUCCGAAAUCAAAUCGCAGAGGUCCACUGAACACGACCAGGACGAAGUUCUUCGGGUAUUUGUAAGUGACUUUGCUGGGCAAUCAAUCUAUUACGAUACCCAUGGCUGCUUUGUGAAACCGCAUUGCCCUUAUGUUUUAGUUUACGAUCUUUCUCUGGAGUUUGAUAAACCCGCCGUUCCCAGGUUUAAAGCAAAUGAUGAAGAGGAGGAGAUAGAGAUGAACAAUCCUCAUCUUAAUACCAAUUUAGAUAAUUUUACAUCAUGGUUGAAGUUCCUGCAAGGUUUAGGAGAAUGCCAAAAUCAACAGUUUCCCGAUAAAUCUGCUCACUUUACCACUGCAAAAGGUGAGAACUUUAAACUGCCACCAGUUUUAAUAGCCUUAACUCACAGUGAUGAGGUGAAAGGCAACGACAGCAAAAUAGAUGGCGUACAGAAGAGAAUCAACAAGGCCUUAUCUGGAGGAAAAUAUGAGAAUGUUGCCCCAGAGUUUUUCGUGAUCGACAAUACAUUGGAAGGCGACGACGGAGACGACGUGCGAAAGCUUCGUAGAAAGCUUUUUGACCUCUCGAAUGCAGUCCUUAACCAGGAGAUUUUAAUGCCUGUGAAGUGGCUAAAUUUUGAAGUUACUCUAAGCCGGAAAGAUUUCAAGUAUAUCCCAGUUGACGAAGCUAAGGAGGAAGCGAAGAUCUGUGACGUUGGGGAGUUUGAUCAAGCUAUCAAAUUUCUACACCGCCAAGGUGUGGUCGUACAUCACAGUGGAUCCAGCAAAGUUGUAUUGGAUCCUCACUGGUUAAUGAAUCGCUUUACGAAAGUGAUCUCCAUGCCUGGCAAAUUGGAUGCCUUGUCCAGGCACGCUCUCGAUUUGUUCAAGCAGAAAGGCAUUUUGUUUCGAGAAUAUCUUGAGACGCUGGAAGACGCAGAACUUUUAGAAGAGCUUAUGCAAAAGUUUAAUUUGAUUUGUCCUUGCCAGCACGAGGGAAAGGCAGCUUUUUAUGUCCCUUCAGUUGCCCCAGCUAUAGAACCGGGACAAGAGUUGGAAGCUAGCAAUGUUCCAUCGCUGUUUGUAACAUUUCCUCGCAAACUUGUACCAAUGGGCCUUUUUACGAAGCUUCAAGUGAAGCUAAUUUCCGAGUGGGGAAAGCGCUUUCCCAAUCAACAAGUCAAGCCUUCUUUCUACUGCAACUACUCCUCGUUUCCACUUAUUAUAGACGGCGAU